AUGAUUUAGCAAAAUAUUUUUUAAUUAUUUAUUAGUAUUAUUUUUUAUAUAUUUAUAAAGAGAUUAUUAUUUCUUAGAGGAAAAUCUUGGAUUUAUCUCUCUCUCCCUCCGAUCUUUGGCUGAGCGCUUCUUGCAGAAAUGGCUGACAAAUCGGAUGAAGAAAGCAAGGGUGGAUUCCUGGACAAGGUCAAAGAUUUCAUCCAAGACAUCGGCGAAAAAAUCGAGGAAACGGUCGGGUUCGGAAAGCCGACAGCAGACGUAACAGAUAUCCACAUUCCGAAGAUCAAUCUCGAGAGGGCCGACAUAGUCAUAGAUGUCCUAAUCAAGAACCCUAAUCCAAUCCCGAUCCCACUAAUCGACAUUAACUACUUAAUCGAGAGUGACGGCAGAAAAUUAAUAUCCGGGCUGAUCCCAGAUGCAGGUACGAUACACGCGCACGGCUCCGAAACUGUCAAAAUACCAGUUUGUCUUAUAUACGAUGAUAUAAAAAGCACGUACGAAGAUAUACAACCAGGCAGCAUAAUCCCUUACAAAGUCAAGGUUGACUUAAUAGUGGAUGUGCCCGUUUUGGGCAGGAUCACUAUUCCUCUCGAGAAAACCGGAGAAAUUCCGAUCCCUUUCAAACCCGAGAUUGACAUUGACAAGAUUCGUUUCAAUAAGUUCUCAUUCGAAGAGACUGUGGCAACUCUUCACUUGAAGUUGGGCAACAAGAAUGACUUUGAUUUGGGGCUUAAUGAUCUCGAUUACGAAGUUUGGCUGUGCGAUGUCAGCAUCGGUGGUGCUGAGCUGGAGAAGUCGGCGAAUAUCGAGAAGAAUGGGUUUUGCUAUGUGGAUGUGCCGAUUACGUUUAGGCCAAAGGAUUGUGGGUCCGCCCUUUGGGACAUGAUACGAGGUAAAGGAACGGGGUAUAGUAUGAAGGGGAAUAUUAAUGUUGACACGCCUUUCGGUGCGAUGAAGCUUCCGAUUUCGAAGGAAGGCGGGACCACUAAACUUAAGAAGAAUAAGGAAGAUGGAGAAGAAGAAGAAGAAGAUGAUGAUGAGGAGUGAGGACUAAUUGGUGGGGCGAAGUGUUUAAAACUUUUAAUUAGAUUAUGUUUUUGGUGGGGGGUUUUUUGCCCUAAUAAAAAAUAUGGGGACUUGAAUUGAAAGAUUGAUUUUAAAUGACUUAAUUAAAAUAUGUGUGGUUUUAAUUUUAUUUUAGUGUUUAUGUGAAACACUUUGCUGCGGCUGAGUAAACAUUUAUUUGUGUGGUUAACUUAUGAUGGAUGAUUGAUAUUUGUGUGUGUUAUAUGAAGUUUUUAUUUCGUAGUUA